AUGACUACAUAUUGGGAGCUGCUGUUGCUAGGAGUAGCUCAUGUAAAGGAGAGUGAACAUGGGACCGAGUCUCCUAGCAAGCACACCACUGUUUCAGGACAGAAUAAAUGUGAGGGAAAUGUAGUGAAGGUGGAAGCAGCCAUCUCGCAAGAGUCCGUGAUGAUGCAGAGAACAAGAGAAUAUGUCAAGAAGGUUUCCGAGUCCAACCAAGUCGACAAAGCCAAGACCAUGUUGUUUGGUCUGAUCACUAAAGCCAACCUGGUCCAGCCCAUACAUACUCUGUCGUUAGAAGUCAAUUCUACCAAGUCUCUAGAGAAUUCUUCAAUGGCUGAAUCCGUUGUGUCGAGUAAUGGUAAAUCAGGAAAUCAAGCAGUGCAUAGUGCUGAUAUGCAGACUUGCAUUCUACCACUCACGGAUGCGCAGGAUAUGUAUCUGCAGGCUGCUGCUAGACUUUUUCUAUGUUUGAAUCUGGAUGUGGGCGAUCUGGUGGGAUGGCUUCCAUUGGAAUGUAUUCCCUAUCUAUUGCUAUCCAUCAACAGCAACGAGUGUGAUGAUCAAUUACGGCAUCCAUUUCUUCUUUACAGUCGUUUCAUGCUGAGGAAAUAUCUAAAUACAUGCAUGAUUCCAGAGAAUGAGCGUGAACUUGUUGCUGAUUGCGCAAAGUUUGUAGAAAAUGCUAUUGGUUCGCUUCGUAUUAAAUCCGCUGCAUCUUUUAAAGAUUCUACCGAUAUGGACAUGGAUGCCGAUAAAGCAUUUCUGUUGGAUCAAACCGUGUUCGUGAUGUUGUUUGAGCUCGCCAUGUAUAACUAUAUAAUUGACAUGCCAAAAAUAGCCGCUGGCUGGUUUUCUCUUCUAUGGGCUCAUUAUGAACAGCAACCCCAUGCUAGUGGCAAUAUCGAAAGACUCAUGCAAGUAGUUAUUUUGAUGUGA